UCAAACUCUAUUCAAAAUUUGGCCAUAUAAAUGGAGAGACAUUUUACUCAGAAAUCAUUCCACUCUCAGCUUCUCAUUCAUCCAUCACACAGCAAAAUAUACAUUUUUCGGGAACCUUGCAAUGAUUUCUGGAUACAACAAGAUGUUGAUGGCCAUCCUUUUGGCAUCAAUCUACCCUGGCUCCCUUGGCGAUGCUCCCGUCCACUCCUCCCCCUCCGUCGGCAGUGCUGGUUAUCCAAGCUAUUACAGCGUCGAGACUGACACCUCGCAUCAUGGAUAUGCACCCUCUCAAGGCUACGAAUCCCCACCAUCUCCGCCAUCCGUAGCGUAUGGAACUCCUAAAUCGCCCGUGGUGUAUGGGCCCCCUGGGCCUUACGAUGCCAGUCAGCAUGACCAAGCCUACAGUCUCAAGGAGGAAUCACCAUUCAUCCAACAACGCUUAUUCAAUACCGCUGUGGCCCUAACAGUUCCUCUCUUUUCGUUCCAACUUCCUCGAAGAGCUCCCACUCACGGGGGCGUGGACUUGGCCAACCAAGCCAUAUUCGGUGUAUUUGUUUUGUUCGUGGUCGCGCUCGUCUUUGCCGUCCCCAUCUUGUUCACCGAACCAACUGGUGAUCUCCACACAGGACGCAGCAGUGAUCGUGAUGGAAUUCUUAACCAUUUGAUGGCAAACAAUAAAGUGUUUAAUUUCAUGGGAGCAGAUUUAAGCAACAAAAUCGGACUCGAUACUACGAAAUGUUUACAAAAGAGCAUUUGUGAAGCUCAUCGUACUCCAAAAAAAUAUGGAAUGAUUGCUACACCCUUCCAAAUGUUCUUUCCACCACCAGUGAAUGGAACCGAUGCCACUUCGACCAUCUUCCAACUCGCUGCUAAAGAUGGAAAAUUCACAAAGAAAGACUGUGGGAAAAAGUAUCAAUGUUUCUUUGACACUUUGGACUUGGCAGCGUAUGCAGUCGAUUGGUGGAAACAUGCUGGUGAUCCAAACUACGUCCUACAACUAUAAUACAUCAGCGACAUUAACGUUGCAAGAACAAUUGAACAAAAAAGAGAAAGACCAUUUAGGCGGUGUAACCUUUAGGGAAAAUAUUUAUUCUGACCACAAUUCCAAUUUAUUUAAAUGUUAUUUAUUUGAGAGGCAAAUAAACCGUGUGUAUCCA